CUCUGUUCCUGAGCAGUCUUGAAUGUUUUCGUGUGUUGUGCUCUCAACUCUGCUACUGGGCACUGAGAGGGGAGCUCAGGCCCGCUCUGAAGUCGCGACAUGGAUGCAGUGACCUACGAUGAAGUGCAUGUGAACUUCACUCAGGAAGAGUGGGCUUUGCUGGAUCGUUCCCAGAAGAGUCUCUACAGAGAUGUGAUGCUGGAGACCUACAGGAACCUCACUGCUAUAGGCUACAAUUGGGAAGACCAUAAUAUUGAAGAACAUUGUCAAAGUUCUAGAAGACGUGAAAGGUAA